GUCACCAAACUGCGACAUACUGAGGAACUAGCGCCACAUUUUCGAUGCGCCAAAUUAUAUUGGCAUUUUCAGCGUUUAGGCUCAUCGCCAUCAUUAACAUAUCUCGGGCGUACAUUGGCGUUAAAGUACUAUGAGUUUAUUUGGGACAACCUCCGGGUUUGGAGCAGGAGGGACAGGUGUCUUUGGAAAUGCAACAACAGACAGCCACAAUCCCAUGAAGGAUGUUGAAGUGACUUCACCUCCAGAUGACAGCAUCAGCUGUCUGGCUUUCAGUCCUCCCACCAUGCCAGGGAACUUCCUUAUUGGAGGAUCCUGGGCCAACGAUGUCCGGUGCUGGGAGGUUCAGGACAAUGGACAGACUGUCCCAAAAGCCCAACAGAUGCACACAGGUCCAGUUCUGGAUGCAUGCUGGAGCGACGACGGGAGUAAAGUCUUCACGGCUUCCUGUGACAAAACAGCCAAGAUGUGGGAUCUUAACAGCAAUCAAGCAAUGCAGAUUGCACAGCAUGAGGGCCCGAUCAAAUCAAUCCACUGGAUAAAAGCCCCGAACUACAGCUGCAUCAUGACUGGCAGUUGGGACAAAACACUGAAGUUCUGGGACACCCGCUCUCCCAAUCCCAUGAUGUCUCUGCAGAUGCCGGAGAGAAGCUACUGUGCAGAUGUUGUGUACCCCAUGGCGGUGGUAGCCACAGCUGAUAGAGGCCUGAUAGUUUACCAACUGGAGAACCAACCCUCUGAGUUUCGCAGAAUAGACUCACCUCUCAAACAUCAGCACCGCUGUGUUGCCAUAUUCAAGGACAAGCAGAACAAGCCCACAGGCUUUGCACUGGGUAGCAUUGAGGGCCGAGUGGCCAUCCACUACAUCAACCCUCCAAACCCAGCCAAAGACAACUUCACCUUUAAGUGCCACAGGUCGAAUGGAACCAACACCACCACUCCACAGGACAUCUAUGCUGUCAAUGCCAUCUCCUUCCAUCCUGUCCACGGCACUCUGGCGACUGUGGGCUCAGACGGGCGCUUCAGCUUCUGGGACAAAGACGCCCGCACCAAGCUGAAGACCUCGGAGCAGCUGGACCAGCCCAUCACUGCCUGCGCCUUCAACAGCAAUGGCAACAUCUUUGCAUACGCCUCCAGUUACGACUGGUCGAAGGGACAUGAGUACUACAACCCCCAGAAAAAGAACUACAUCUUCUUGAGGAACGCUGCCGAGGAGCUGAAGCCUCGGAACAAGAAAUGAUUCGUCGUGCCAAGUCGCAUCUCUUGUGGGGAAAUGCGGAAGACCUGCUGCUUUAGUGUGUGUAAACGCUCGAGGCAGACUCCCUCCUUUCACCUGAACCAAUGGCGUGGUGCUGCGUACUGGGCAUGGACCAAUCAGAGGGGCCUACCCAACUUGGCGUUGAUGAUCUCUGCGUGACAACUGGUCGUAGAGGUCAUCAAAGAAAGGGGGGGCUUUAUUUGUCACUUAUGUUGAUGUUCCGAUUUCUUUUUUUUUGUCUAGCUCCUAAUUUUUUUACAAUUUUCCAAAGACUUUUCAUUCUCUUCUGAUUUGCUGUUACUUCGUCGUUAAGCUCCGUGAAGGUAACUGGGAUGUAAAAUAAAUGAGUGCGUACUAUACAUUUUGAACAUGUUUAUUCCAACCUGAAGGGAGGAGGUUAAAUUCCUGUAUAAAUGUUUUUGGGGGUUUCACAGACCUGUAUUGUGCAUGCGAAACCAUGAACCACUAUCUCAUGUUUCAGCUGUAAAUCUGUUCAUCACGCGGUUCUCUAACACUGGAAUUAUCACAACUUAAAAAUGAUAAACGUUGGACAACAUCUGUAUCA